AUGGACGGAAAACAAUUAAAUGUAGUGGGAGAACCCGGCAUCGAAAUCAAGUAUCAUGCUUCUGCACAGCCCUCCUUGCACCACCUUUUCCGUAUAUCUGGCAUUGUCUCUAAGCAAGCUAUGUACGGCAGAGCAACAACCUUAUACCCCCGAACACUGGAAAUGCUUGACCAGCUUGAGCUCCUGGAUGAGCUCAACCAAAUCGGAUAUAUCGGCCGUAACAGUGUCACGUACAAAGAUGGCAAGCGGGUGACAUCGCGAGGCUGGCAUGUGAUGUUCCAACGUAUGAGUGGCACAUACUUGGACUAUUGCCUGAAUAUCCGGCAGAAAUAUUCCGAAAAUGUGAUUCGCGAUACUUAUCUGGAGAUGGGAGGUCGAGCGUACAUCGGCUGGGCACUAGAAGACUUCACUGUGGGUAGCCAGAGUGAGGGUGACCAUAAAGUGACCUCACAAAUUCGCCAGGUUGAUGGGGGUGAAGAUAUGACUGUGUACAGCAAAUUUAUUGUCGGGGCCGAUGGUGGACACUCACUUGUCAGACGCUUAUCAAAUAUCCCAUUUGAGGGUGAUCGCACAGACUUUAAGUGGGUUCGGAUUGAUGGGCAAUUCAAGACCAAUAUGCCGGAUGCGGAUCUUGGUUUUGCGUCUAUAGAGUCGAAGAGCCACGGGAACGUCCUUUGGGUUCAACUCGACCACGGCAUGAAACGCAUAGGUUUCGCAAUGACAGCUGAAAUGCUAGCGAAAUAUGGAAACUCGCUUACAGAAGAACAAGCUAAGGAAGAAGCUGUCAAGUCGAUGGAGCCAUUCUUAUUAGAGAUCGAGAAAGUCGACUGGUGGACGCUAUACAGCAUAAAUCAACGAGUUGCUGAUACCUUCUUCGCCAACGAUCGUAUCCUGCUGGCAGGCGACGCUUGCCAUACACAUUCCUCUGGUGCCGCACAAGGUAUGAAUACUGGCGUCCACGAUGCAGUCAAUUUGGCCUGGAAAUUGGGAGGUGUAGUGAAAGGCUGGUAUAGCACCGACAUGCUCCGAACAUAUGACAACGAGCGACGCCUGGCAGCGCAGCAUCUCAUUGAGCUGGACAAAGCAUUCUCGGCAACUAUUUCUGGGCAGAUUCCAGAUACCCACAAGGGUCUAUAUGCCGAUGCGAACGAGCUAUUUACUAAGCUCUUUGACGAGUCAAUCCAAUUCAACAUCGGACUGGGAAUUCACUACAAUGAAAGCAGCAUUAACAAAGCUCCGUCUACCGGAAUGGUUUCAGCUGGCUGGAGAGCACCAGAUGCUCUGGUCUAUGCACCCGGCUCCCGUAUCCCGGUUCGGCUUUUCCUACUUACCAGAAAUACUGGAAUGUGGUCUAUUCUCAUAUUCGCCGGACAGCCUACGCUCACCCGGGAGACAUUGGCUUUAUCGAUGAAGAAGCUGACCGUAUCACUUGAAAAUCUCCCUAAAGGCAUGGUCCGGUGCUUUACUUUGAUUGCCCAUAGUAUCACUGAAGGUGACCAGGUCUUUGCAAUUCCUAGGAUUGGUCACGCAUAUUAUGAUUCCGACCGAUCAGCCCACGCUGCAUAUACCAUUUCCACCAGCAGUGGUGGGGUAGCAAUUCUCAGACCGGACGGCAUUCUUGGAUACGCCACAGCCCUGGAGGAAAUUGAGACUGUUGAAGGUUUCUUCAACGGGUUCGUUCUAGGCAAUUAG